GCUAGUGGAGGGGCGGACGAGAAGGCGAGGAGCUGAGGGGAGAGAGGCUUCACAGAGCUUGCUUGAGCCUGGAGGGGGCUGCCGCUGUUUGUCUCUCCACUCCACCCACCAGCAGUUACCUCGGGAGGGCAUGGCAAAAUCUGGUGCCUCCUUUCCGGAGUCCAGUUGGAUGGAGAGGGAUUUCCUGGCCGCGAUCGGCAAGGAGCAGCAGCACCCGCACAAGGAGGAGGCAGGCGCGGAGGAAUCUGCUUACUUCGGCGGAGCAGGAGCAGCAGCAGCAGCCCCGGCAAUGGACUGGUCCUUCGCUAGCAAGCCCGGCGCCGCCCCGGCGUUGAUGUCGUUCCGGUCAGCUUCGUUCCCCCAGUUCUCCUCCUUCGACGGCGCCAAGAACCCGGCCCCUCGUAUCCUCACGCACCAGAGGUCGUUCGGCCCCGACAGCACGCACUACGCCGCCGCGCACCGCACGCAGCAUGCGCUGAACGGGGCUAGAGUCACUCCGGUCUCGUCGCCGUUCAACCAGAACAGUCCGAUGUUCAGGGUCCAGAGCUCGCCUAGCCUUCCGAACGGUACUGCGUUCAAGCAGCCGCCUUUUGCCAUCAACAACAACGCUGCGGCCAGUUCUACUGUUGGUUUCUAUGGAACAAGGGAUGUGGUGAGGCCAAAGACAGCACAAUUGACGAUCUUCUAUGCUGGUUCUGUCAACGUAUUCGACAACGUCUCAGCUGAGAAGGCUCAGGAGCUCAUGCUCUUAGCCAGCAGAGGGUCUCUUCCAAGCUCAGCCCCCGUGGCCCGUAAGCCAGAAGCUCCUAUUCUCGCUCCAGCAAAAGUCACAGCGCCUGAGGUUUUGCAUGCAACACAGAUGCUGUUUCAAAAACCACAACACGUUUCUCCACCUUCGUCUGCCAUCUCCAAACCAAUCCCUGGCAUCUUGCAAGCUGCAAGUCUCCCCAGGAGCGCCUCGAGCUCUAACCUUGACUCCCCAUUUCCAAAAUCUUCAGUGCCAUUUCCUGUUUCUCCUGUAAGUCAGGCUCCGAGAGCUCAGCCUGCAACCAUUGCCGCUACAACUGCAGCAGCAAUAAUGCCUAGAGCUGUCCCUCAAGCUAGAAAGGCGUCCCUUGCUCGAUUCUUGGAGAAAAGAAAGGAAAGGGUGACAACUGCUGCACCUUACCCAUCAGCCAAGAGCCCGAUGGAGAGCAGUGACACGUUUGGCAGUGGGAGCGCCAACGACAAGUCAUCAUGCACAGACAUUGCCCUCUCAAGCAACCAUGAGGAGUCCCUAUGUUUAGGGCAGCCCAGGAACAUCAGCUUCAUCCAAGAGUCCCCCAGUACAAAACUACAGAUCUGAUCUGAAUAUCUGAUCAUGCCCAAUGUUCAUAGAUUUGUCCAGGCUGACUGAUGCAAGGACCAUACGAUACUUUUGCAUUCAGGCAAGGACUCGAGAGGAAGAGAUUACGUAUGUUAUCGGUGCCGCUAGCUGUUGUUUAUGAUGAUGUUUUGUUGUGCUAGUUUACUGUGAUGCUGGUGGUGCCCCCACCUAACUAACAAGAGAGCUGUCACUUGCAGACUCUUGAUUUUUUUUUGUCCUAGCGCCAUUUCUUUAGCGGUAUCAAGUCAAUUUAUAUAGGCUUACAAAUUCUGCGCCUUUUGUAUGGCCAAAGUGUAAUAUUUUUGUUCUUGUAUUAUGAACCUCCAUGCUGCAGAAUGCAAGAGCAAAUCUUAUUGUCGAUGGUGUUCUCAUUGCCAGCAUGUGUACGCAGUAGCGGUUCAUGUUGUUUUGAGCUGUUCUGUUUUAAUAAUAUCUCAAAAGGUUGCCGA